CUUCGACUUCGGUCCUGGGAGUGGCUUGAGCUGGUCAAAGGAGGGAGUGGGCCGGGACUGGCCCGGCUUCCUGGGUCCCAUUGGACCUUGGCUGCGGCUUCCUUUCGUUAUUUUGUGGGGAAGGGUGGUAGCAAUUCUGCGUCUUCUUGAAGAGCUGCAGAGCGGGGGAGGGGAAGAUCCUGUUGGAACCUAAAGGACAAAUACAAAGAAAGCACAGGAUAGAGGGUGCAGGGAGAUAGGGACGGGUAUUGUUCUUACUUGAAUGAGAGGAAAUGGGCUUGAGCUACUGCCUAAGAGAUGAAGGUUAGACUUAAAAGUAAGAGCUCUUUGAACAGACGAGUAUAGGAAACAUGCAAUUCAGUGAGUAUACCGCUAAUGACGCUUUCAUCUGUAAUGACCAGAGAGUAGGAAAGACGAAGAGGAGCCUGGAGAGCAAUGUUAGGAAGGAGGUCAGAUGGGAUUCGGUGUUAAGAUUCAGAGUUAAGACUGUUUGUAAAAAGCAAUUAGAGCUAUGGGGUUGAAGAAAAAUGACAAGCACCCCCGCCCCCCAAGUCACACAGUUCCUUUUAGGUCAUACUUCCUCUAUUUAUUUCUGAAAAUGAACUUCAGUGGUGUCUUUUCCUCAGGCCAGGGGAAGGCACAGGGGUUGUGUGUAUUAGAGUGAAAGAAAAUUAAAGUAGGAGAGGAGGGUAUUGUAACCUCAUUUGGAUGGGGGUAGGGCCAGUCUUUAGGGAGGAACGUUUAGGCAAAAGAGUACCAGGAUGGAAAAGUGAGGGGAUCUGGAAUAUUGUUUUUGAGAGACUAAUCAAAGUACAAAGAAAACAACUAUAGAAAUUGUUUGAAGAGAAUCGGGCUUCCUUUCCUUACUGGAAGUGAUUUAUGAGUUAAUGCAUGUGGGUACAUCCACAGAGGCGUUUUACAUUUUUUUCCAGGAAAUUCUAGAAAGGAGCUGAAGGAAUAGAUUGUAUAGAUUUACAUGGAAAAUCAUCAUCAUCAAGCAAAUCCUCCCCCGCAAAAGGUUAAGAUGGUGGAAACAUGCUGGCCGGUGCUCAAAACUCCAGUGUGUCUUGCUUCCGAGGCUAGCAGGCCGAGUCAGGAGAAGAGAUACGAGAAUACAAGUCUUCUCAUCUCUCCUUUGAGCUAUUCGCACAGCAUUUCUAAGUGCUAAGAGCAAACACCAAACCUCUCUUGUCCACAGGUGGUUCCACAGAGACUUUCAUAGUGCCUGGCUUGUAGUAGAUGUUAAAUAGAUAUCUAUUAACUUCCUUUUAAAUAACAUAACUAUUCUUAUUCCCUCGCCAGUGACCUCUGAAUUGCCUAUCAGACUGGGCCUAGCAUAUAUGUUACUAAAUGCUUCUGAGUUGAACUGAAUGAAAAUGGGAAAUAUAAAAGCAGAGAGAAGGGCGAGAUGAACUCUAUCCCUGUGGAUAGAAUGAAGGGGGCAUAACAAGUGGGGAGGGGGGGCAUCUAUUCGAGGAAAGAGGCUGUUUCCAGAAAGUGGAGAAAGACAUGAAGUGAGAGUCCAAGACAGGCAGAAGAGAGGACAUUUUUUCAGUCUAGAAAAAAGUGCUCAUCGGUUCCUCUAAAAUUUUGACUGUGAAGAAAGAGAUUGUGAAUAAGCCUGGACUCUAGAUAGUGAUGCAAUAGUGCAGAAUCCAGAAUGGAUGUCCUCUAUGUAGCCAUCCUUGCUGUGCCACUUAUCUUGGGACAAGAAUAUGGGGAUGAAGAAGGACUAGAAGAGGAUGAUUAUUAUCAGGUGGUCUAUUAUUAUACAGUCACCCCCAAUUAUGAUGACUUUGGUGCAAAUUUCACUGUUGAUUACUCCAUAUUUGAAUCAGAAGACAGACUGAACAGGUUGGAUAAAGAGGUAAGGGAAGGAGCGGAAACUACUACCAUUAGUCACGAAACAGAACUUACAGACCAUCAGGAGCCUGAAACAUUGAAACCAAUGACAAUGGAACCAAGUCCAGAUCUGAACGAUGCUGUAUCCAGUCUGCAGAGUCCUGUUCCCCUCCUCCUGUCCUGGGCCCUCGUUCAGGGGGGGAUGUAUUUCAUGUAGAAGGAAAAAGAAGGCUGCUACAAAUCUUUGGAUGGGGAUUUGGGAAGAGGAAUUUGGAAGACAAAUAAAUGAAAUAAUCUGGUUACUCUCUA